AUGCUCAUGCACCAUGAACGUACCGUACAUUUCCUGUUCGAGCACUCCUUGUUCGUAGUGGUAGGGCACAACUACCAUUCCUCACUGCUCUCCGCCAAGAGCAUGGGCACAGGGCACACCGUGCUCUGCCCGUUUUACCGGUGCACCUUCCCCACCACUACAACACAUGCAUUCGUGCUCCUUUUUAUACCCGUGGUCGAUCUGAAACGCAUGGUUUGGUAUUUUGAGGUGAAACCGUUUAAUGCACAGCCCACCACCGGUAUGGUGCUAUUACGGUGUGAUUGUUUUAGUGUGAGAAGCGAUGAGUAA